AAGGACGAAAUUAUCAGAAAACAAAUAAAACGAAGGUGGCGUACUAAUAGAGAAACCGCAAGUGAACUUGAUUACGCUCUUUAUCUUUGAAGAAAAUAGCAACGAAAAACAAUAGAACACUCUUUAAUUGGUCCUUGAGGUAUUGUAUGGUGAAUAUAUGAGAAAAUUUCAUUACAAUUUUCACUUAAAAAAAAUAACUCGAAACACUGAUUAUGUGUGUGUCUGCCCUGUGUAGUUCUAUUUAAAAAUUUUAUCGAUUCAUAGAAUCACUGAAAAAGUUUAAUUCAUGUACAUUGUAGAUAUAAUAUGCUGAUUAUUUUUCAUCAGAAAUUUUGGAAUGUGUUCGCAGCAGAACACAGGCAUAUCCCAGGAACUGAACAUAUAUUUUAAAUAUGAAAUUUUUAUCAAUUGCCUAUCAUUUCGGCCAACGGCAUACUUGCCCAGCCCAGUCCACUUUAAGAUAAGCCAUUUUGUAAACCUAUUUAACGAAUUAAUUCGAAUGGGACAAAUCGCAGGAUGCUAACCAUUUUACAAUAUUAUCAUUAUCGAUUAAGCGGAACCGAAUUUCUAUAAAAUGGAGAAAAAUAUAUAAAAAAAUAUUGAUGUGACCAGAAAAACUUAAUGUCCAUUUAAUAAUCGAUAAUUUAAUGGAAAAAAGCUUAGGUACACCUUAUAAAUCGUAACUUCGACGAAUUUUUUCACUCGCACAUCAGUUUCGUUGGAAUGAAGGUUUUGAUUUUAUUAUCAGUUUUUGGUGUGACAUUUUCCACUUUAGUGGAAAAUGUGUUGGACGCUGCUGACAAUCUCACCGAUGUACAGGAGGCCUUCAUGAAAUACGGACUUGAUACCAAACUGCCCCAUCUACCGCCAAACAAACUAAUCGUCCACUAUGAUACUGACAUCAAAGUUAACUUGGGAACAGAAUUUGACAUAAAAACAAUCGUGCAAGCUCCCAAUGUGAUAUUCGAAGCUGAUCCAGAUGCACACUACACCUUGAUUAUGAUUGACGUAGACUCCCCAACAAGGGAAAAGCCAUUCUUUGGGCAACUGCUCAUCUGGAAAGUUGUCAAUAUUCCUGGAUCUAAAGUACACAAGGGAGAGACCGUAGCUGAGUAUUCGGCGCACGCGCCUUGGAAAAGGGGAGAAGCACACAGGUAUGUGCUGCUCCUGUUCAAGCAGCAUCACAAACAGGUUUUCGGCGAUAGUUUCCAAUCGGCCUUUCGUACUUUCCAUCGCAGGAUUGGAUUUUCAGCGGUCAAGUUCUCUAUGAAAUAUGGGCUGGGUAGGCCAAUAGCGGGAAAUUUCUUCCAGUUGAAGGCAGAAGGCACUGUAGGAAAUGAGAUCUUCAGGCAUCACCAUUUGAGCCAUCAUCAUUGA